AUGACUUCGACAUUGACGAUCGGAUACUUUGUAAUCUUUCAGGACAAGAGUAUUGUCAUGUUCGCGAGAUUGAAGAAACCGAUAUCGGUGUACGUGGAAUUGUUGUACGACAAGAACGUGCUUUCAUGGAGCAAACGCAUCCUGAACUUAUCCGGCCUCUGGCCGGAUAAUCGGAACGACGUUAGAUUCUUUUUCUACAUUACGUACGUCAUUAUAUUCACUUGGCUGGAGAUCGUUACGUUCUUGCAGAACAUGCACGACCUUGAGAAGUCGUUGAAAAAUAUCACGUUAUCGUUUCCGACCAUCUUGAUAGUACUGAAGGCCGUGAUGUUUCGACUGAACAUGCAUCUCGUGCUACCUUUACUGGCAGUCGUGAAAAGGGAUGUGGAGCAAGGCUUGUAUCAGUCGCAGGAUGAAAGACGAACGGUGGUGUGGUACAACGUGGCCGCCACGUUAUUUUCCACCUCGUCGGCCAUGUCUUUAUUCUUCGUGCCUAUGUUGUUUUAUGCCAAGCCAGUUCUCGACUGUCUUUCAUCGAAGUUCAACAACUGCACGCUUCCAUACGAAAUACCGAUGAGAGUGAAUUCUGUUUACGAAGUGACGGAAAUGCGUACGUACGCGUUGUUCUGCGUUUAUUUCAUUCCGAUCAGCAUGGUAUUAACAGUCGGUGCCACCGGGGCGGACAGUCUUUUAGUUACGUUAACCUUUCACCUGUGCAGUCAGCUCUCGAUACUGUCGCAACGUGUUAGGAACAUUGACAUUGAACCUCGCACAUAUAUCCCAAAAAUGAGAAUGCUCGUUGAACGACACACUGAACUUCUACGAUUGGCAAAUAUUUUGGCGGAAGCGUUCAGUUCCUUGAUGUUUGUGCAAACAUUAGGACUGAUAUUCUCUUUGUGCGUUGUAGCCUAUCAACUACUUAUGACGAGCGAAUCUGGCGAAGACAUGAACACGAUACAUUUUGUAAUUUACUCUUGCGCUGUAGUAUUGCUAGCAUUUUGCUACUGUUUCCUUGGAGAGUGCCUAAUUGCCGAGAGUAGUGAAAUGCAAAUGGCUUGCUAUUUUAUCAAUUGGUAUGACUUGCCAGACGAGUACGCGAAAUCUUUAAUGUUUAGCAUAGCCCGAUCCCAAAAACCAUCGUACCUAACUGCGGGCAAGUUUUAUGUGUUUUCAUUGGAAACGUUCGGCGCUAUAAUGAAAGCGUCGAUGGCGUAUCUUUCCGUUUUGAGAGGGAUUAUGUAG